AGAAUACCAGGGAGCACAGCCAGAACCAGGCCAGGCCCGUCGUGGCAGCUGUACUUAUCAACGCCGGUGCGGUACAGCAAUCAGUCGCUCAGGGGCUUUAGUCAAGACAAGUCACUCUAGUCAAUAACAGCCCAGCAUCAUGUCUGAGAAGAAGGAAAAGAAGACCAAGAAGAAGGCCUCCUCCAAGGAUGAGACUCCCGCCGAUACCCCAGCGGCAGAGACCCCAGCGGCGCCGACUCCCUCGGACUCUGGCUCCCAGCGAGGAUCCACCCGUGGAUCUUCGUCCCGCAAGGCUAAGAAGGCCCCAUCCUCCGUCUUCGUCCUCUUCUCCCAGAAGCAGAUCGCCGAAUUCAAGGAGGCCUUCCAGCUGAUGGACAACGACAAGGAUGGUGUGAUCGGCAAGAACGAUCUCCGUUCGACCUUCGAUGCCCUCGGCAAGCUGGUCUCGGACAAGGAGCUCGACGAGAUGCUGGGCGAGGCCUCGGGACCGCUCAACUUCACCCAGCUGUUGACGCUGUUCGCCAACCGCAUGUCCGGUGGAGGUACCGAUGACGACGAUGUCGUCAUCAACGCCUUCAAGGCCUUCGACAACAACGGCCGAAUUGACGGUGAGAAGUUCCGUUAUGCCCUCACUCACUGGGGUCAGGACAAGUUCUCCGAGGAUGAGGUUGACGAUGCCUUCGACCAGAUGAUCGUUGACGAUAAGGGCUUCAUCGACACCGCUGCCCUGAUCGCCAUGCUCACCGGCUCCGAGGAGGGAGAGGAAGAAUAAACGGAUUCUUCACGAACCACCAAAAAAACCCAACCACUUCUAUUUAUUUAAAGAACUCUUACUUGUAAACAACAUCUACAAAGAACAAGCAGUGACAACAACAACAACAACAACAACAACAACAAUACGGAGAACAUCUUCAUGUAAUCACAAUUCCAUUUGCUUACAUCAUCUGAUUCUAAAUUAUUACUUUUAUUUUCUAUGAUAAGACAUGAAUUUUAAGCUAUAAGGAAAAUAAAGUUAUAUAAAAAAAUCUAUAAAAAAUAAAACCAAAAAAAGUGCAAAACUUAAACUCUUAGAAAAGGAGAAAAAACACGCUUUUACUAGAAAAUCGCACAUACACACAAACCAAAAUCUGGUCCUUUUCCAAACCAACCAAGCCGAGCCAUCAACCAUCAUCAAUUUUCAAACAAAAGGUUCUUUUUACCCUCUCGAACACGAUCACCACCUGGCGCGCGCAGCUAGAGCGACAUCCACCAGAUAGAAAGCGCGCCCAACUUUGCCGGUAGAGCUUGACGUUAACAGAAGCAAACAGAAACAGGAAUGUGUACACAAAUUGGAAUUUUGAAACAAUAAAAACAUAGUUUGUUGCAAAUAAAAAUAUGACAUUCCGUU